AUGCUUCAUGGCUGGGCGUCGCCCACUGCUGUCGUGGCGACAUGUAUCAUCAUGCCAUUCCUCGCGGGUGUGGCAGUCAUAUUGAGAAUUUAUGCGAGAUUCUUCUGUACGAAGAAUGCUGGGUGGGAUGAUUACAGUACGAUGGUUUCAAUGCUCUUUUCAAUAGCGACGACUGUUACGAUUAUUGCGCAAGUGGAGACUGGACUUGGAAAGCAUGUCAAGGAACUCUCGCCACAUGAGGCGUUUCUGCAGAAGAGGGCUUUCUUCGUCAUGAUCAUCGUAUACAACAUCUCCCUCUGCUUCACCAAACUGGCCAUUCUGAUGCAGUAUAAACGACUGUUCCCACAGAAAGGCUUCAAGCUCGCGGUCCACAUUUCCAUGGCGAUUGUGAUCAUAUAUGCGGUAUGGAGAUUUUUCGCGGCGAUCUUUGUGUGUUCGCCUGUGGCUGCCUUCUGGGAUCGCUCGAUCAAGCCGUUCCACUGUCAAAACAAAUUCGCAAACUCGAUGGCGUCCUGUGCCCUCAACAUGUCCACCGAUAUCCUGAUCGCCGCUCUUCCCCUCGCGAUCCUCCACAAACUUCAACUUCCUCCUCGCCAGCGCUAUGCCCUCAUGUCAGUCUUCGCCCUCGCAGGCUUCGUCGUCAUAAUCUCGAUCCUCCGCGUCCCUUCCAUUGUCACCCUCUGGAAGACCACAGACAUCACCUACGUCAACCCCAUGGUCAUGGUCUGGAGCGACAUCGAAAUCAAUAUCGGCCUAAUUUGUGCCUGUCUCCCAACACUACGAUGCCUCUUCCCCAAAAUCUUCCGAUCAAUGACAAGUGGGAGAAGUACAGACGGAAGCAACAAACUCGGCACAGGCGGCUCAGGCGCAGCCGCAACAUUCGAGUCCAGAAACGGCGGAGGAGACGGAAGCGUAACAUUCAACAGCGGGAGCCGCAAAGAUCGACGAAGUCGUCGAGCAAGCGGAAUGCACGCAAAUGGCGGCAUGGGAUCUUUCGGAGGGAAAUAUUCUGUUCGGUCAGAUGAGAAGAAACAUGUCGUGUUGGAGAAUGUGGAAGAGAUUGAGAUGGCGAGUACAAAGGGGAUGUUGAUUGGGGAAGACGGUGAGCAGGGAAGUGGGAGCCGGCCUUCGAGUCCGCAGCACCAUGUUCACCAUCACCAGCAGCAUCAACAUCAACACCAACAACCACGAAGGCAAAAUCCGAAUGAGAUUUUGGUGCAGAGGGAGAUUCAGCAGGUGGAGAGCUUUCGGCCUGUGGCGGGGAAUGGGAGGGCAAUGAGGAGUGCGAGGGAUGUGGAGCGGAUGGAGAGGGAGAUGGUUUGA